AUGACUUCAGGAAAUAGAAAAGUUCAGAAAGAAAAAGAAGCUGAAAAACAAGCACUCGCUGACAAAAAAGCCGCUGAACAAAAAAAGAAGGAAGAGCUUGCUGAGCUGUUUAAACCGGUUCAAACACAGCAGAAAGUACCGUUUGGUGUAGACCCUAAAACUAUUCUUUGUCAAUUUUUCAAAGCUGGACAAUGUCAAAAAGGUGACAAGUGUAAGUUCUCCCAUGAUCUAAAUGUGGAGAGAAAGGUCCAAAAAAUCGAUAUAUAUACUGAUGCAAGAAAUGAAGAAGAAAAAAAGGAUGAUACAAUGGAUAAAUGGGACCAAAAGAAACUUGAGCAAGUGGUCACAUCUAAACAUGGAAACCCUAAAACAACCACAGACAUAGUAUGUAAAUACUUUUUGGAGGCCAUUGAAAAUCAAAAAUAUGGUUGGUUCUGGGAGUGUCCUAAUGGAGGAAAGAAUUGCAAAUAUAGACAUGCUCUUCCGCCUGGAUUUAUACUAAAGAGCAAAGCGCAAAAGAAAAUUGAAGAGGAGGAAGCCAACCAAAUAACUCUCGAAGAAUUUUUGGAAACAGAGCGCCAUAAAUUGGGUACAAAUCUCACACCUGUCACGUUUGAGAGCUUUGCUGAAUGGAAGAAAAAUCGCAAAGCUAAGCUUGAAGCUGAACAAGAACUUAAACGUGCUGCAAAAGAAGCUGCUUACAACGCUGGCAAAUCACAAGGAAUGUCAGGUCGUGAUCUAUUCACUUUUAAUCCUGAUCUUCGCGAUGAUGAUAAUAAAGAGGACGAACAAAAUGAUGAAAAGUUAAUACAUGGGCAGCACGAUGAUAAUGAUAAUAUUGCCUGUGGAGAAGACGGAAAUAGUGCCGAAAAUGAUAUUUCACAUAAAACGGACAAUACUUCUUCACUAGUCACUGUGGAUGAAGUUGAAGUUAAAGAGGAUUUAUUUGCGAAAGAGAAUUUAGAUGAUUUAGAUGACGAUGAUGAUGAAUAA